AACAAGAAGCAUAAGGUUAUGUUUAAACAAGGUGCGACGCCGAAGUCCCAAGCUUCUAAACACGUAAAAGGAGGAAGCAAACAAGCUCGCUCGUUUCUCAUCUUCCUCGAAAAGGACUAAAUAGUGAAUAAACCCUUCUUUCCCCCGGCCAUCAGCUUCUAAACUGCGAAACCCCUCUCCUCCUCCAAACCCUUUAACAGUCCCAUCAGAACCUGUUUGCUUUUUCCAUAACAUGAAACCUUACAAAAUCCUCAAACACCAAAACCCCAAACCCUUCAUUCUUAUCCCCCACCAGCGCUCUCUCUUCUCUGCACUUUCCUCGUCAACCUCGGACCAAUUUCAAUCCCCCUCAUCCGAAAUAUCUCCUGAUAGCCUCGUUGAAUCUGCCCGCUCUUCUCAGUGGCAUUUCAUCAAACACCUCUCACCCAACCUCGACUCAUCUCUCAUAUCAACGGUCCUCUUUAGUCUACACAAAACUCCUGAAUUAGCCCUUCAAUUCACUUCUCACGUUGAGUUCCAUCGACUCGAUAUCAAAACCCGUUGCCUUGCCAUUGCCGUUGCCUCACGUCUCCCAUCUCCCAAGCCCACUCUAAAUCUAUUAAAGCGAACCGUUUCUAGUGAUAUUACCGGUGUGGCAGUCAUUUUCGAUGAGCUGGCUCUUGCUCGUGAAAGGUUAGGCAUUUCAACAACCAUUCUUUUUGAUUUGUUAAUAAAAGCUUGUUGCGAAAUGAAGAGGGUGGAUGAAGGAUUAGAGUGUUUUUAUAUAAUGAAAGACAAGGGUUUCAUUCCAAAGAUCGAGACUUGUAAUGCCCUGUUAAGUACGUUUUUGAAGUUGAACAGAACUGAAAGUGCUUGGGUAUUGUAUGCUGAGAUGUUUAAAAUGAGGAUUAAAUCGAGCAUGUACACGUUUAACAUAAUGAUAAACGUGUUGUGCAAGGAAGGGAAGCUAAAGAAAGCAAAAGACUUUAUUGGGUUCAUGGAAAAUUUAGGGGUUAAUCCUAAUGUUGUUACUUAUAAUACAAUAAUUCAUGCUUAUUGUUCAAGAGGAAGGGUUGAAGGAGCUCGUUUGGUUCUGAAUGCAAUGAGAAGUAAAGGUAUUCAGCCGGAUUCUUAUUCGUAUAGUUCACUUAUUAGUGGGAUGUGUAAGGAUAAAAGACUUGAGGAAGCUUCUGAGAUGUUUGAGAAGAUGAAAGAAAUGGGGUUGGUUCCGAGUGCUGUGACUUAUAAUAUCUUAAUUGAUGGUUAUUGCAAUGAAGGGGAUUUGGGGAAGGCAUUUCAUUAUCGGGACGAAAUGGUAGAGCAGGGUAUAUCACCAACUGUCUCAACCUACAACAUGUUAGUUCAUGCUUUGUUUAUGGAAUGUAAAAUGGAUGAGGCCGAUGAUUUGGUUAAAGAAAUGGAAGAUAAGGGGUUGGCUCCUGAUCAGAUUACCUAUAGCAUCUUAAUUAAUGGAUACUCCAGGUGUGGGAACGUGAAGAAAGCAUUCAGUUUUCACGAUGAGAUGUUAACUAAGGGGAUUCAACCUACACAGAUAACUUAUACAUCGCUUAUCUAUGCUUUAAGCAAGCGGAAUAGAAUGACAGAAGCAGAUAACCUGUUUGAGAAGAUAAUGAAGAAGGGAGUUGCGGUAGAUGUUAUAAUGUUCAAUGCAUUGAUCGAUGGUCACUGUGCCAAUUGCAAUAUGGAGCGUGCGUUUUCGUUGUUGAAGGAAAUGGAUAAAUUGAAAGUUCCUCCCGAUGAUGUGACAUAUAAUACUUUGAUGCAGGGUCAUUGUAGAGAGGGGAGAGUUGAAGAAGCUCGUGAGCUUCUCGAUGAAAUGAAACGAAGGGGAAUCAAACCUGAUCACGUUAGUUACAACACUCUAAUUAGUGGGUAUAGCAGAAGAGGUGAUAUGAAGGACGCAUUAAGAGUUCGUGAUGAGAUGUUGAGUACAGGUUUCAAUCCAACCCUCCUCACUUAUAAUGCCCUCAUACAAGGUUUUUGCCAUAACCAGGAAGGAGAUAUUGCUGAAGAAGUCCUAAAGGAGAUGAUUAGUAAAGGAAUUACCCCUGAUGACAGCACUUACUUAUCUUUGAUCGAGGGGAUGGGGAACAUUGACCAGUCCGUAGAAAGUUGCAACUCUUGUUGAUUGCAUGCUUGUUUGUCCUAAACCAACUGUGUUUAACAAAUUGGAACGACUGUGAAUGAAAAUGAAGAGAUAUAGAAGGUCAGUUCUCAAACUCCUUUCUCAUGUGGCUGUGAAUGAUGGCAGAUUUUUUUUUCUCAUACGUAGUGUACAAUUUAUUUAUGCUAGCCUUAACUUCGGGGAUUUAUAAUUGUUUCUAUAACUUAUUUUAUUAAAUAAUAAUUAAUUUAAAAUAAAGUUUUCUUAAA